UGCUUUCCCGGGUGGUGGCAUUGGCUCCACCAACCCCUUUCUGUUGCGGGGCCUCCAGACGCACCCCACGUUCCUGGACCAGGCUUCGGCUCCUUACCCUGGUAGCCGGCACCGGGUGGGGUCGCGCACGCUUGAAAUAGCUAUCGCAGGUAACUGGAGUUGCCUAUGAUUCCUGUGGGCCGACUGCUGUGAGCCUUAUUCAAGCAAGUAAGAUCUCUGCACGAGUCUUGGUACAUGCUCCCAAAACCUAGAGUGCUGUACACGUAGCAGGCUGCCCAUGGUCUCUCAGCAGGCAGUAACUCUUCCUUUACUGGAAACAAACUCAUCCAUGCAUUCAUGUGCAAAAAUCUGAGCAGUCGCACAAAUUCUGAUAGGAAGGAAGACAUGACAGUGAAAGCCUCAUAGCACAACCUGAGCUGUCCUUUUUUUGCAAGGGGCUGACUGUUUUCAAGCAAAUAGUAUCACCUGUCAAGAAUUUUCAUGUGAUUCUUGGAAACCUUCUGCAGAGUCUUCCCUCUUUGCUAUUCAGUCCUGGUUUCCUCUCCCUUUAGCAGGUUGAAGUUCAUGAGUUCUCCCAGCCUCAGUGAUCUGGGCAAGAGAGAGCAGGCAGCCUUGGAUGAGCGGGGGUCCCAGCAGCGACGGGCCUGCUCCAACGCUACCUGGAACAGUAUCCACAAUGGAGUAAUAGCAGUUUUCCAGCGUAAGGGCCUCCCAGACCACGAACUUUACAACCUCAAUGAAGGAGUCAGGCAAUUAUUGAAAACAGAACUGGGAUCCUUUUUCACUGAAUACCUACAGAACCAGCUGCUCACGAAAGGCAUGGUGAUCCUAAGGGACAAGAUCCGGUUUUAUGAAGGGCAGAAACUACUGGAUACCUUAGCUGAAACCUGGGAUUUUUUCUUCAGUGAUGUCCUGCCCAUGCUUCAGGCUAUUUUCUAUCCUGUGCAGGGAAAGGAGCCCUCGGUCCGGCAGCUGGCUCUUCUGCACUUUAGGAAUAUAAUUACCCUCAACAUUAAACUGGAAGAUGCAUUAUCACGUUCCAGAGCCAGAGUUCCACCUUCUAUAAUUCAGAUGCUGUUGAUACUCCAGGGGGUUCAUGAGUCAAAAGGAGUGACUGAAGAUUAUUUGAAACUGGAGUCCCUGAUCCAAAAAGUCAUUUCUCCUUACCUGGGCACCUAUGGGCUGUAUUCCAGUGACGGACCCUUCACACACUCGUCUUGUAUCUUGGAGAAGCGGUUCUUCAGGCGUUCCAAAUCGGGUGACAUCCUCACCAAGAACCCUGUGGUGCGGUCCAAAAGCUACAACAAUCCGCUGCUGACGCCAGUGGCCGAGUACGAAACCGAGGGCAUGGCUGCCAACGGCACGGGCAUCCGAAGGCACUCCGUCUCAGAAAUGACCUCCUGCCUGGAGCUUCAGGGGUACUCCAACCUCACCACCAUCAUGGACAAUGGCUCCAAGAGCUCCAUGAUGGCCACAAAAAGCUCGCUGUCCGGAGACCAGGAGAGGCCCAAUGCUGGGUCAGUACAGUGUUCCAGCAAACUCAGCACAGUUGAGCAACAAAAAGGACUCUUCCACUCAAUGGAUGACCCACAUAGAUCCUUUGAGGUGGACAGGGACCCUUCCUUGAUUCCCAUUCCCUCUUCCAGCCCUGAGAACAUAGUGGAUCAGAUUUUGGAGUCGAUUGACUCUGAUUCUGAAGGCAUUUUUAUCGACUUUGGCCGAGGCUGUUCCAGUUCAUCAGCGUACAGUGUGGAUGCGACCAGACAGAGCAUCAUGUGAAAGGCACUGGGAGACAAGCCUCGGCUUCGCGUAGUGCAUCUGAAAGUUGCUAAGGUGCUGAGUCGGACUGUGGGUGAGCCACGUGUCUAGGACAGAACCUGUCUUGUGCUCAUCUCAGCCCUUCUGAAGUACAGAAACGCAAGUUUACAGGCAGGCAGGAAUCUGCUGCAGGGAGGGAGAAACCACAACCACUUCUCCCUUCCACUCUGCAGUCAGAUUUCCUUCUGUCUUUGUAAACCUAAGGGUUCACAACUUGGCAAGUGUACAGUGCUCCUAGGCCAGCUGGCAGUGUCCAUUCAGUGGAACAGCAUCACAAAUCAGCGUGUUCACUUGUAACGUUCUCGAGAUUCCCUGUCGGUGGCAGGGUGUUCUCUGAAUGGGGACACUUCGGCCAAAGUGAAAACGUAUCUUUUUAAGAGACAAACCAAAAACCUAGAGGCUGUGGACCAUUGCACCACAGAGUACAGUGAUAAGGAAGUCUCUCACAAUCUUGUCCUUGUGCAUCUUGAGUGCACUCCUUGGCCUAACGAUGACUUAAGAGUUCUUGAAGGCAAAUAAAGAGAAGCGUGCUGCUUGAUGUCACAUGAUGCCUCGUGUCUCACAUUCUGUCUCACAGCUGAUAACUGAUGUCCGUGAGAGAGCUGCCUUGAAACUGGCUUUAAGGCUGUGUUGAUUUGCUCUGUACGUAGCACUUCCAGGAAGUCUCUGCACUGCUGACUCCCAAAGCGACUGUCGUAUAGAGAGAUUCCAGCAGAAUUCAACUUGUUUCCUAAAUAAACAAAAAAAUACAGCCUCUUGGUGGAAAUCCUCAUUAAAUAUUGAUGUUCUUAAAGAAAUACAA